AUGGCGCGCCUACUGUUCGUCGUGUCGUUCGCCGUCCUGCUGGCGGUGGCGUCCGCAGGACAAUCCGUCGUGACGGGACCCAGCAACCCCGCGGUCAACCUGGACAAUGCCAAGGGCGCGAAUGGCGUGGCUACGGAGGUCCCUCCUGGCAUCGAGAAGGCGGCGGCCGCCGGCGGGCUUGACAAGUUUGAGGGCAUGACCAUCGUGAGCCCGAGCACGGACAGUGUGCUGAUGGUGGACGUGAAAGUGGCCGGAUGGAACAAAAUGAAGUGCCACAAGGACCUGGGCAAGCCCGGGGACGGCGCGUGCACGCCCGCCAACUGCAGCAAGGGCGGCAUCGCCGCCAAGUGGAAGACAUCGAACCUGCUCAAGAACAAGCUGGGUGUGGAGGUGUACGUGAAGGGCAACCCUCUCACGCUCAAGAAGGCGUCCCCGCAGACGUGCUGCAACACGUGCGCGGGAUACGCUGGCUGCACGUACUGGCAGUACAUCCCCGACAUCACGAUCGACGGCAAGAAGACGGAGGGCGCGUGCUACCUGGUGCACGACAACAUCGACUACUCGUGCGGCGAGCUGACGGCGCAGUACGCGACGGACUCGAAGCCGGUUCAUCUGCAGGUGCGCACGGGCGGCGAGUGCAACCCCGCGGGACACAUCAAGGACGACCCGCAUCUGGUGGGCGCGUACGGCACGCACUUCGACUUCAACGGGCGCCCCGACAAGGCGUUCUGCCUGCUGACGGACAAGGACCUGCACGUGAACAUGCUGCUGCGCGGGUACUACUCGGACGACACGGAGAAUGCGGCUCUCGUUGUGGACGGCAAGGCCGUGCACACGUGGAUCAAGGAGCUGGGCAUCGUGUGGUUCGCCAACGGCGCCGACCACAAGGUGCGGCUCGCGGCGCGCUCUGGCAAGAAGCAGGAGCGCGGUGAUGGGUUCAUGAAGACGAUCGAGAUCGACGGCGAGGAGAUGCCGAGGAUGAGCGUGGGUGACGAGGUGACUACCGAGGGCGGUCUGACUCUGCGAUUCGCGGCUCUGGAGAAGGAGGGCCCGUAUGACGUGGACUACUACACGCUCGUCAUCGACGGGCUUGUGACGCUCGACCUGCGUCUGCGUGUCGCCAACCCCAAGCUGCAGACGCCCACCGAGGCCGAGGCGCACAUUAAUGUCGGGAUCGUUGAGAUGGAGCACACCGACGACGUGCACGGCGUGCUCGGCCAGACGUACCGCCCCGACCACGCUGCGCGCGCCGCCGACUUCCAGAAGAUGAUCGCGACCCUGCACCGUCCGAUCUCAGCAGAAAGCACCGAGGGUGCUGGGUUCCUGGACGGCACUCCCCGUAUGUACGAGUCGAGCUCCGUGCUAUCCGUGGACUGCGCGUACACCGACGAAUCUCGCCGUCGAUUCCUCACCUGCUCUGCGCGCGCACGGAAAAUCGGCGCUGAGGAAGUUUCCGCCGAACGCUCUUCUCCUUCCGCCGACGCAAAAACAGCUGCAGACGGGGAGAAUGUAGCUGAGAAUACGGCGGCGGGGGAUACGGAGAAGAAGGCGGAGGAUGCAGGGAAGAAGGCGGAGGAUGCGGGGAAGAAGGCGCAGAAGCGGGGGAAGGAGCUGGAGAAACGCUUGCGCCGGUUGCGGGAAGUAAUGGCGGAAGUGGAUGGGGGGAAGGGCGUCGACGCCUUUAUCAUCCCGUCGGAAGACCCGCACCAGAGCGAGUACAUGGCGCCGUGCUUCGAGCGCCGCGCGUUCAUCUCGGGCUUCACGGGCUCCGCGGGCACGGCGGUGGUCACGCGCGAGCGCGCGCUGCUGUGGACGGACGGGCGCUACUUCCUGCAGGCGGAGCAGCAGCUUCCGCUGGGCUGGGACCUCAUGCGCGCGGGCAUGCCCGGCGUGCCCUCCGUCGCGGACUGGCUGGCGGAAGCUCUCCCCGCGGGCAGCCGAGUGGGGGUGGACCCGGUAAGUGGAAUGGAGGAUGGGAAAAAGGGGCGAGUGGGGGUGGACCCGUUUGUGCACUCGGCGGACAAAGUGAGGGGCCUGGCGGACACGCUUGCAGCGUGCGUAUGUGUUCAUCCUUCCCCCUCUUCUUUCCCUCCCCCCUCCCUCUUUCGCCUUCAGUUUGUGCAUUCGGCUGAAAACGUGAGGGGCCUGGCGGACACGCUGGCAGCGUCGUCGUCCGUGGUGGUGCCGCUGCUGCGCGAGAGCAACCCCGUUGACGUGGUUUGGGGCGCGGAGCGCCCCCCGCCCCCAUCAGCGCCCAUGAGGGUGCACCCGAUCGAGUUCGCGGGGCAGACGGUGAGGGCGAAGCUGCAGCAGCUGCGGGCGGAGAUGAGAGACGCCGGUGACACGGCGCUGCUGGUGUCGGCUCUGGAUGAAGUCGCAUGGCUGCUCAACGUGGUGAGUGACUGA